AUGUUGUUGAUUCAGGCAUCCAUUACGGAAAUCAAAUAUGUUCUUCUUCUCUGUCCCUAUUGGUCAUCAACUCCCAAUUCAGGUUCGAACGGUCUCGGGUUCAGUCUGACUAGUCGAGAUUUGAAUCCGAAUUCCAAUACCGCAUCGGUUACCGAACGCGUGGUCUGUGUCAAAACCAUUUUACCCGGUGGAGCUGCCCUCCUAGACGGUCGAUUACGAUCCGGGGAUCGUUUGGUUCAGGUAGAUUUGUCAUCCAUGACCAGUUUUUGA